AAUGAACUGGAAGGGUGAAUUUUUGUAUAAAAUUUUGUUCGCAGAGGGGAUAUUUUAAAUAUACUGAGAUGUGUCUCAGGCAGGGCCCGAGGCGACGGGCGGGCCACCCAGGCCGUGGCCCGACCACUUUUUUGCAAAGUAAUAAUUUUUUUUAGCUAGAACAUUCUGAUUUGAGAGUUCUUGUUCCAAAUAAAUUAGCAUUACAUUAACGGUCUUUCUGUAUAAUUAAAAUAAACAAUUGAACUAUAACAAAGGCAAAACUUUUCUUUUUUACCUUUUCCAUUACUAUGAAAUAUGAAGACAUUACAUUGCGCAUUGAUUGUGAAAAAGUGAAAACACGCAACUGAGUAUUUAAAAACACACGAGAUUAUUUUCUGCAUAAAAAUGAAUCAAAAUAAGUUGACAAAGUAUUUUAAAAAUUCUAAAGAUGAUACUAACAAAACUACUACAAAUCAAACAUCUAUCAACGUACAUAAUGUAAACGAAGUAUCAGAGACAAAAAUUGAAAUAACUACCGAUAAACCUUUCCAUCCUCCUGCUACUUAUCCAUUUCCUAAGAAAAAAUAUGGCACCAGAGAACGAAGCUUCCAAGCACAUUGGACUAAAGAUUUUCCUUGGUUACACUAUGCUGAAAACGCACAUGCUGUGGUGUGUUUCUAUUGCCAUACGCAAGAAAAGCGUGGAAACUUGAAGGAUCAAACAAACAAGGACACAGCCUUCACCUCAAAAGGAUUUUCAAAUUGGAAGAAUGCUCUUGAUAGUUUCCGAGGUCAUCAAAGCUCAUCAUGCCACAAAACCGCUUCCUCGUACCACUUGGUUCUACCACACUGUGCAGACGUUGGCGAGUUAAUGGACAACAUUCUCACCGACCAGAGACAGGUUGAACGAAAGUACCUCCUUGAUGUCAUUAGAUGUUUACGCUACCUUGGCCGACAAGGCAUUGCUCUUCAAGGAGACGAUAACAAUGACAACUUCACCCAACUUCUUUAUCUCCUCGGAAGUUGUGGAACGAGAGUUUAAAUGAGAAGCUAGACGCUGGAACGAAGUCGAGGAUUAAUGGGUGUAAAAAGCAGAUGGAGUCAUUUUCAUUCUAUUUUGGUCUGAAUCUAGGACGCAAGCUUUAUGCUCACACAGAUAAUCUGUCCAUAACACUUCAGAAAGAAAAAAUGUCAGCAAUCAGCGGUAAAGAAUUGGCUGAACUUACGAACAAGACGAUGCAAGGCAUGAGAAACGAGAGAGACUUUAAUAUAUUCU